UGGCUAUUGAAACAUCGUGGUUAGGGAAACAUCGUGUUUAGUUCAUAAGUAUUUAUUUUAAAAUGUUCAAAGUUAUCAGAGAUGCAAGCGUGCGAAAGAAAGCAGUGACUUAUUUGAACAAUGUACAGAACAGACUGAACUCUACCAAAGAGGUUGUAUCGGCAGCGGAUGUUGUUAUUAUAGGUGGUGGAAUAGCUGGUUCGAAUACAUUAUAUCAACUGACAAAGCGAGGAGUAAAGGCAGUGCUUUUAGAAAGGUCGAAAAUCACCAGCGGCACGACAUGGCACACAGCCGGUUUGGUAUGGUCCUUGAGGCCAUGCGAUCUUGAAGUGAAGCUGCUUCAAGACUCGAGGACUAUUUACAGUGAUCUAGAGAAGGAAUGCGAGGAUUAUGCUGGUUGGAUCAACAAUGGCGGCAUGUUUAUAUCACGUAGUAAGGUUCGAACACAAGAGUACAUGAGACUUCAUACCUUGGGUAAAGCGAUGGGGAUUCCGAGUGAAGUUCUCAGUCCAGAAGAUGCUCAGAAAAUAUUUACGCUUCUAGACCCGUCUGUGUUCAAAAUGGCACUGUAUUGCCCUCAAGAUGGGACAAUAGACCCCGCUAUGGCUUGCAAUGCUCUCCUGAAAGUGGCUACGAAAAAUGGAGGCAAAGUUUAUGAAGAAACUCCAGUACUAGACAUUCAUUACACUCACAACAUACUCGGAAAUAAGGAAGUGACGGGUGUUCAUACAGAUAAAGGAUUCAUUCGCACUAAAUGCGUCGUGAAUUGUGGAGGAGCAUGGGGUCCAAGAGUGGCUCGCUUCGCUGGCGUACCAUCGCUCCCUCUGAUUCCGUUCAAGCACGCGUAUGUAGUGGCUGACGCGAUGCCGGAGAUAAGAGGCGCGCCCAACGUUAGAGAUCAUGACGUGAACCUGUACCUGAAGAACCAGGGUGAGACCUGCAGCAUUGGAGGAUACGAAGGCAAUCCUAUUAUUUUGGACCAGGUACCGGACAACCUCCAGUUUCACUUGUACGAGCUGGACUGGGACGUGUUCGGGGUGCACAUGACUAGUGCGACCACGCUUUGUCCCAAGCUCGGGAAGAUCGGCAUUAAGAGUACCGUGUGCGGUCCCGAAUCGUUCACGCCGGACCACAAGCCCUUGCUGGGAGAGGACCCUAAUGUUUUUGGCUUGUACCAUAACUGCGGCUACAACUCUGCUGGCAUGAUGUUCUCAGCUGGUUGUGCUGUUCAAAUGGCCGAAUGGAUCUUAACUGGCAGGCCACAUUACAACAUGUUCACAUUCGACAUCCGUCGUUUCACUCCUGGCCAGAUGGCUCGACCCCACUGGAUCCGCGAGAGCAGCCACGAGGCUUACGUCAAGAACUACUGCGUGGUGUUUCCCCACGACGAGCCUUUAGCCGGCAGAGACGCUAGCCAUGACGCUUUGCAUCAAGAGUUAGUGGAUGACGGCGCCGUGAUGCAGGCCAGGGCUGGAUGGGAAAGGCCAGCGUUCUUCAUGCCCGGGGAGAAGAUCAGGGUCCAACAGUACGAUUGGGGCGGUACACAUGACUAUCCUCGCAACGUGGACCAACGCUACGAAGAAGUGCUCAAAGGAGACCACACAUUUGACUUCUCAAAGCAUCAUCAACUUAUCGGCCAAGAGGCUCUGUCGUGUAGGAACGCAGCCGCAUUGUUCAACAUGUCUUACUACGGCAAGUUCUACUUGACCGGGCCAGAUGCGCGGCGAACUGCCGAAUUAGCAUUCACGGCUGAUCUAGCUAGAAGCGACGAUAGGGUUGUAUAUUCUCUCCUUUUGAAUGAUAAAGGAGGUGUAGAGGCGGACGUUACAGUCAGUAUUUUGGACGGAGGCAGUGGACAGCUACAUGAGCCAAUAUUUAAGGGUAUCGGUUAUUAUGUGGUGACGAGUGGUUUCAAUGCCAACCACACGCUGGCGCAUCUGCGACGCAUCAUCCAAACGCACAAGCUGCGCGCCACGCUCACCGACGUCACCAAGCAACUUUGCAUACUCAGCGUGCAGGGGCCGGAUAGCCAACGUAUUCUUCAACGGUUCACGUCCACGGGUCUCUCGAACGAUGCUUUCCCGCUGUACACACACAAAAGCAUCCACGUGUCAAAAGGACCUUACGCCCCAGACAAUAAGACGUAUACUUGCCGAGCACUACGGGUGGGAUGGUCGGGCGAACUUGGGUGGGAGCUGCACGUCCCUUCGUCUCAUGCUAUACAAGUCUACAAAGCUCUGAGCCACGCAAAAGGCUUGAGAAAUGCGGGCUGGAGAGCGCUCACUUCACUUAGUGCGGAAAAAGGGUAUCAUCUCUGGAAUGCUGACUUGAGGAGUGACGAUAAUCCCAUUGAAGCUAACUUAGGAUUCGCCUGUCGUAAACAAGGCGAAUACAUCGGGAACGAACAUGUUACUAAAGCGAAGGCAAAUGGUGUAACGAAAAAAUAUGCCUUUUUCACGCUCGAAGAAAAGGUAGCCGUUUUCGGACAAGAGGCGGUUUUCAGAAAUGGUGAACCAGUAGGCUAUCUAAGAAGAGGGGACUACGCAUAUUACCUGGAUAAACCCAUCGGCAUUGCCUACGUGACUAACAAAGGCGCAGAAGUUACCAAAAACUAUUUGAAAGAAGGAAACUACGAAGUAGAGGUUAUGGGGAAGAAAUAUAAAGCAACACUUCACUUGAAAUCACCUUUUGACCCGAAUAGUCAAAGAAUGUUAGGGAAUUACGGAGAAAUGGGAAUGGAUGAAAAUACGCAUGAACCUCACUCUGGACAAAAUGAAAGAGCCGGCGGUAGUGAAUAGUCUUUGAUCUCAUUAUAUUCUAAUUUAAUUAAACUUAUUUUAAUAUAUAAAUAGUUUAUUAUUAUUAAUAGCAAUCACGUAUAUCUAUGAUCAUGAUCAAC